CUAUUCAAAAUGGUGUAAAAAAUGUAACACGACCAAUAUAGAUAAUAAAAAAUGUACUUGUCCUAAAUGUAAUGAAAAAUUAGAUACAUUAGCCGUCUUACAAGCCGAAUCUACUAAAGAAUUAACUCAGCUUCUUAUUUAA